UCAGUCGAGCUAGAGUCCCCAACUCCCGAUAACAAAAUUUGCAAGCCUUGCCUUAGAGUAGAGUCCCGAUAUUACACAAUACACAUGUGGUUUUAGUUAUCAACAAAUACACGACAUGCGAUCCAGAGAUUAAAGGGAGGUGCUUGUCUCGCCGAGAACCAAAGCAGUACUCCUACUAAUUUCAGCGAUUCUUUUCUGAGGCUAAGAUAAAUCUCCAGCAGGAGCACGUCCUGUUCGUCAUGGCCUGCCGGCUCGCCCUCUCCAAGGUCGUAUUUUCUUUCUGCUCUUUUUUCCAUCAUGAUUUUCGUUGCAAGCUGAUGAGGAGGCUAUUCCAGUGCAAGGAACGCGUGAUUAGUAUUUUUUUACUCUCGUUACUCGAUGCUUAAUGGUGCUGAAACCGCAAGUGCAAGGCACUGUCUGUCUGUCUGCCUGCGUUUCAGAUCGAUGCAUGCCACUUGGACUUGUUGUUAGAACAAAACAGCACCAUAUUCUGCUUGGCUAAAUCUCUGUGUGCCACAGGCUGCGACAUGUCGAUCAGCGAACGGGGCCGCCACUUUGUGUCCUUCUUUCAGGGCACCUGCUGCAAACUCAACUACAGGCGCAGCCGCAGGUAUGUACUGUGUGGAUGCUUGUAGCUGACAAUUAGUGCCACCAAAUUAAAUCCCUGUUUGCGGAUGCUGUUUCUUCUUCUAGAUCGUGUUAUGUAUGCUAGCCAUUGUUGGUUGGUUAUUCGUCCCACUCAUAAGUUUCUUUUUUGUAAAAUGGUAUGCUUGGUACCUGCUUAAUGCAGGUGGCUUUCUUAGAAGAAAUCUACAAGAUUGGUACCGAUCAAGAUCAAUUGGUCAGCAGGCACGUGGCCUGCACUCUGGAGCUGGUUCUUUUCCGAGAGGGUUUAAUAACAGUAAUCUGGAAAGAGUCAUACAUGACUUCGAAAGGCAGCCUUCGUUGCUUUCUGAUCCUUCAGCUCUCUCUGAGUAUGUUAAAGCCCUUGUCAGUGUUGAGUUGCAAACUCAAGCAAGCCGGAGUGGGCUGGCAAAAGGUGGUGUUCUUGGUACAGCCAGUGAACCGUUACACAUGGUCACGGUAGAAAAAGGGAAACUUAAGAAGCAGCUGUGGCGUACUUUCCAAGCCCUUGCACCUAUUUGCCUUCUAAUCUUUGGCAUUAAGUUUUUGAUGGAGUUGUUUGAUACGGAAGAAGCUCGUAACUUUGAUGGUUCGAAAAAAGAGGUGAAGGACUCAAGCGCAAAAUUCAGUGAUGUCAAGGGGAUUGAUGAAGCUAAAGCUGAACUCGAGGACAUAGUCCUCUACCUAAGAGAUCCCAAGCGUUUCACACGCCUCGGUGGCAGGCUUCCAAGGGGUGUUCUGCUGGUCGGCCCACCUGGCACCGGAAAAACAAUGUUGGCAAGGGCCGUGGCUGGGGAAGCUGGUGUCCCUUUCUUCUCAUGCAGCGGCAGCGACUUUGACGAGAUGUAUUUUGGUCUUGGGGCUAAGAGAGUGAGGAACCUGUUCACUGCAGCGAAGAAGCGAUCUCCUUGCAUACUUUUCAUCGAUGAGAUUGAUGCCAUUGCCGGGAGCAGAAACCCAGAUGAUCCAAUGUGGCAUAGGCACACCCUGAACCAGCUGCUUAUUGAGUUAGAUGGCUUCAAGCCAAAUGAUGGGGUCAUCGUGGUUGCAGCGACCAACUUCGCCGAGUCACUAGACAAAGCCCUUGUUAGGCCUGGGCGUUUUGACUGUCGCAUUGAGAUUACUAAUCCAGAUGUUGAGGGUCGACGGCAGAUCCUUGAGGUUCAUAUGUCGAAGGUCUUGAAAGCCAAGGGUUUGGACUUGAUGACCAUUGCAAGGGGGACGCCUGGGUUCUCGGGUGCAGAGCUCGCAAACCUGGUGAACUACGCUGCUCUCAAGGCUGCCAAGGAUGGGGCGGAUGCAGUUGGGAUGUGUCACAUUGAGUAUGCGAAGGACAGGAUCAUGAUGGGCAGCGAGCGCAAAUCGUUGGUGAUACCUGACGAGCGCAGGAAGAUGACUGCAUACCACGAGGGAGGGCAUGCCCUCGUUUCUAUCCACACAGAUGGUGCCGAUCCUAUCUACAAGGCCACCAUUGUUCCUAGGGGAUCAGCACUUGGCAUGGUGGCGUUGCUGCCACAACCAGUGGAUCAGUAUGGGGUCUCCAGGAAGCAGCUGUUGGCGAAACUAGAUGUCUUCAUGGCAGGACGGGUGGCACAGGAGCUUAUAUUUGGAGAAAUCGGUGUCAUGUCUAGUGCUUCUGAUGAUCUUAGCCAAGCGACUAAGCUGGCGGUUGACAUGGUCACCAAAUACGGUAUGAGCGAGCGGGCCGGUCUUGCUUCCUACAACAGUGCGGAGGACGAUGGUGGUGGGAAGAAAGCGAAGACGGCCAUGAGUGAGCGAACAUCGGAUUUGGUCGAUGAGGAGGUUAAAGAAUUACUGGACAAGGCUUACAAGAAUGCGAAAACAGUUCUCACGACGCACAGUAAGGAGCUUCAUCUGCUAGCCAACGCCCUCCUUAAGCAUGAAACGCUCACUGGAGACCAGAUCAAGAAACUAUUAUCGGCAGGUAGAUGGUUUUAACUGCUAUUGUUAAAACCUUCUUCACCCUAACAGUGGAGAGGCUUACGGUUACAGGAAGAAAUUUUGUUUUCUGAUGUUGUCAUUGCAUCCACACAAAUAUUAAUGUAACGAACAACAAGUUCAGUCUGGUUUUCUUCAUGAAUUUUGUUCAUCAAGCCAGAAGAGAGCGCAUAUUUGCAAUCUUGUCAGUAGAAUCUUGCUUUGGAUCUCAUACCUCUACCGCAAGAUUCAUGUUAUCACCUCGA